UAGUUUACUAUUUGUAGUCGGUGAAAUAGAAUCUAUAUAUUUUUUAAAUUUACAAAAUAUGAUCACACAAAUGUUAGCACUAAGAACUGCAUUUUUAAGACGUUUGCCAUGGGAAAGAAAUUCUUCUCUGCUGACCGGAAAUACUGGAAACACCGUUAAAAUUACGGAUGUAAAGGGAAUGAGUAAAGGAUGCACAGCAGAGAGCACGGCAGGAUCAAGCGGGGAUCAACCCAAGGCAAAAAAACCAAUGGAGCCUCCAAAAGGCAUGUUAACGAAUACCAAAACCGACUUUGGACCUCUGAAGGAUUGCGAUCGCGUCUUUCAGAAUCUCUAUGGACGUCAUGACUGGCGCUUGAAGGGUUCCUGCCAGCGUGGAGAUUGGUAUCGCACUGCGGAUUUGCUGGAAAUGGGACCAGACUGGAUACUGGAUGAGAUUAAAAGGGCAGGAUUGCGUGGACGGGGUGGCAGUGGCUUCUAUUCCGGCAUCAAAUGGAAUUUUUUAAAAGAAGUCAAGGCUAAAAACAAAAUACUGAUACUUAAUUGUGCCGAGGGUGAACCGGGUACCUGCAAGGAUCGCGAAAUUCUACGCCAUGAGCCGCAUAAACUAAUUGAGGGUUGUCUGCUCGCCGGUUUCUGCAUGGGCUGUGAGAAGUGCAUUGUCUACAUCCGCAAUCGAUUCUACAAUGAGUCCUGUAAUCUACAAUUUGCCCUGGCCGAGGCAUAUCGCUAUGGACUGCUUGGUUGCAAUGCCUGCGAUGCGGGCAUUAAAUUCGAUAUGCAUAUACAGCGGGGAGAUCGUUAUCUGACCGGAGAGGAGACGGCAAUGGUAAAUUGCCUGAUGGGCAAAUUGGGAAGACCACGUAAACGGCCGCCGUACCUCCAUGAAAAGGGUUACUUUGAUCAUCCCACGGUGGUAAUUAAUGCCGAGUCCAUUGCCGUGGUGCCUACCAUAUUACGCCGUGGAGCUAAAUGGUGGACCGGCCUGGGAAGGAAUAAAAAUUCCGGCACCAAAUUGUUUAAUAUAAGCGGUCAUGUGAAUAAUCCUUGCACAGUGGAGGAGGAAAUGUCUAUGCCAUUGAGGGAUUUGAUUGAAAUGCAUGCGGGUGGCGUUUGUGGUGGCUGGAAGAAUCUCCUAGCAGUCUUCCCAGGCGGAUUGUCUACACCUUUGUUACCCAAAAUUUCCGCUGAGGAGGCGCUAAUGGAUUUCGAUUGUAUGCAUUCAUUGGGCAGUGGAUUGGGCACAGGUGGCCUCAUUGUCAUAUGCAAGGAUUCGGAUCCUUUGGAAAUCAUGCAACGUUCUAUAGAAUUCUACAAGAAGCAGACGUGUAAGCAGUGCACUCCGUGUCGGGAUAGCGCCAUUUGGUUCCCAGAAAUCUCAAAGGGCUUUACCAAAGGUGAAUCUCAUCCGCAUAUGAUAGACUUUAUGGAUACCAUACAAAAGCGAAUGCGGGGUGGUACAUGUAUCUGUGCCUUAUCCGAAGGUCACGCUAAUGUGGCACAUGCUCUGGUUCAGCAGUUUGGUCAACUUAUCGAGCAACGUAUCCUGGAGUACGCCAAGGACUGUUAAGUUUGAGUUGACUCGGAGUUACACUUUGUUUGUCCAAUAAAUUGAAUUUGAAUUGCA